AUGUUUUUCUUUUUUGUGGGAGGAUUGGAGCAGCAAGCAAGGCAGGUUCUGAAGAGAGAGGCGGGUCGGUGCAUCGCCUGCGGGUUACCGGCCGAUCUGGUUGAAUACGAUAAGGUUCUCAAGCUAUUCUUCGUGCCCGUUUGGCGGUGGCCCGGGAAGCAGCCACUUUUGCAUUGCUCUAAUUGUAAACUCUUCUUCCCGGAGUCGUUCUCUCCGCCUCCGCCGUCUACGAAGAUUCCGGAGGAGGUGAAAAGAGAUGCCUUGCGGUGCCAGUUCUGUGCACGGGAGGUGGAUCCUGGGUUUAGGUUCUGCCCCUUCUGCGGGUCCGCCCUGUAA